GAGUUUCCACAGAAUCUACCUCAGCGCACCCCUUCUUCUGGCCCAAUAGCAAGCCUUGUUUGAUCCGCCCAUUCCAUUCCAGUGAUUUAGCUCAGCGAGGAAACAACGAGCACAUCCUUCAGCAACGCACGCUUUGUGCCAAGGUCAGGAGCAUCUUAUCUCGAUCCACUCGCAUUCAUCACCACGAAAUAGAUACCACCGUUCGAGAUGCAGCCGACGGAGGAGAGCCUCAAGUCGCUCGCGCAGUGCUUCCUCCAGACGCUCGCACCGGACCCCGAGCCGCGCAAGCAGGCGGAGAAUUUCCUCAAGACGGCGGCGGCGCAGCCGGGGUUCGGCAUCACGGUGCUGGCGCUGAUCGCGACGCCCGGAUUGGACGAGCAGGUGCUGCAGCCGGCCGCCGUCAACUUCAAGAACUUCGUCAAGUACCACUGGGCGCCGUCCGAGCAUGACCCGCUCGGUCAUGUGCCCAUUCAGGACGAGGAGAAGGCGAAGAUCAAGGAGCACAUCGUGCCGCUCAUGCUCUCCGCGCCGCCCAAGAUCCAGGCGCAGAUCAGCGAGGCGCUCUCCAUUAUAAGCACGCACGAUUUCCCCGCCAAGUGGGAGAACCUCCUCCCCGAGCUAGUAUCGAAGCUGCCUUCAACGGAUUACGGCGUGCUCCUGGGGAUCCUCGAAACCGCGAAUUCCAUCUUUAAGAGAUUCAGGCACCAGUUUAAAUCCGCGCAGCUGUAUGCCGAGCUCAAGUACUGCCUAGAUCUGUUCGUGGCGCCGAUACUGGCGCUCUUUAUAAGCACGGGGCAGCUGAUCGCAGCCAAUCAGGACAAGCCCGAGACCCUCCGCGUGCUGCUCAACUGCCAGCGCCUCAUCUGCCGGAUCUUUUUUUCGCUCAACUCGCAAGAGCUGCCCGAAGUUUUCGAGGAUCACCUACAGGAAUGGAUGGGGGAGUUCCAUAAGUACCUCACUUAUGAGAAUCCGCUGCUGAACGAGAAGGACCCCGAGAAGGAGGGCAUAUUGGACCAGCUCAAAGCGGCCAUCUGCGAGAACAUCAACCUCUAUAUGGAGAAGAACGAGGAGGAGUUCAAGGACUUCCUGCCCACCUUCGUCACGGACGUGUGGACGCUCCUCAUCAAGCUCCCCCAGUCCCCCGAGGGGCUGGGGCCCGGGCGCGACCGCCUGGCCAUCGUGGCGAUCAAGUUCCUGACGACUGUGAGCCGCAGCGUGCACCACGCGCUGUUCAAAGACCCUGAGACCAUGCGGAAGAUCUGCGAGGGGAUCGUGCUGCCGAAUUCCAGGCUGAGGGACGAGGAUGAGGAGCUGUUCGAGAUGAACUUUGUUGAGUACAUCCGCAGGGACAUGGAGGGCAGUGACAGCGACACGCGGCGCCGCAUGGCAUGCGAGCUGGUGAAGGGCCUGUCCACCAGCUACGAGGCGGAGGUGACCCACCUUUUCUCGCAGUACGUCAACUCCGAGCUCGCCCAGUACGCAGCCAACCCCGACGCCAACUGGAAAGCCAAGGACACUGCCGUUUUUCUGGUGGUUGCUCUCGCGGUCAAGCAGAAAACGGCUGCGGCGGGAGCGACGGCGACAAAUAACUUGGUGAAUCUUGGAGAGUUUUUCUCCGGGCAGAUUCUGCCCGAGCUGCGGGCGGCGGACGUGAAUGCGCAGCCGGUGCUGAAAGCCAACGCGCUCAAGUUCCUGACCACGUUUCGCGGGCAGAUCCCAAAAGAAACGUGUCUGGAGCUGAUGCCGCAGCUGCUGCGGUUUGUGGGGGCGGAGUCGAACGUGGUGCACUCGUACGCUGCGAACGCCAUAGAGAGGCUGCUUAUGACGAGGGACGGCGCCCAGCUCAGGUUCUCAGGGGCGGACGUGGCGACGUUUGCGGAGCCACUGCUGGGGGAGCUGUUCAAAGCGCUCAAGAUGCCCGACUCGCAGGAGAACCAGUACGUGAUGAAGUGCCUCAUGCGGGUGGUUUCCACCACGGCCAGCCCCACCGCCAUCCUACCACUCGCCCUCCCCGCGCUCGUCGCGCUGCUCACGGCGGCGGGCCGCAACCCCUCCAAUCCCUCCUUCAACCACUACGCCUUUGAGGCUGUCGCUGCACUCGUCAGGCGAGCUGCAGCAGAGGACGCACCUGGCCAGGUGCCUGUGUGCGAGGCUCAGGUGUUUCCUCUGCUGCAGCUCGUGCUGGACGCGGACGUUCAGGAGUUUGCGCCGUACGCCUUUCAGCUCCUCGCGCUGCUCAUUGAGAGUCGCUCCGCCCCGCCGCUGCUGCCGCUGCCAGCAGCCUACAUGGCGCUCUUCCCGGCCCUCAUCACGCCCACGCUGUGGGAGCGAGCAGGCAACGUGCCGGCUCUCGUGCGGCUGCUGCAGGCGUAUCUCCAAAAGGCGUCCAAGGAGAUAGUAGCAGGCGGGCAGGUGCCCCCGGUGCUGGGCGUGUUUCAGAAGCUGAUAGCGUCCAAGCACUCGGACCACCAGGGCUUCUUCAUCCUCAACACCGUCGUCGAGCACCUUGACAACGCGUCCCUCGCGCCCUUCAUCCCCACCAUCUGGAAUCUCCUAUUCUACCGCCUGCAGAAUUCCCGCACGCCCAAGUUCGUGCGGGGCCUCCUCAUCUUCCUGUCUCUAUUCAUAGCCAAGCACGGCGUGGCCCCGGUGGUGGCGUCAGUCAACGCAGUGCAGCCGGGGCUCUUCCUGCAGAUCACAGCGAGUGUGUGGGCGCCCAGCCUGCCCACCAUCUCCGAUGCUGUCGAGACAAAGCUCUGCGCCGUGGCCGCCACGGACGUGCUUUGCCAGUGCAGCGAGUUACAGGCGGACGCCGCUCUGCCCACCUGGUCACGUCUCUUAGAUGCAGUGCUGACCCUGCUGGUGCAGCCCAAGGAGCAGAGGGAGGCGGCGCAAGCAGAAGAGCCCGACGUGCCUGAUGCAGACGAGAUCGCGUCGGGGUAUGCGGCUUCGUAUGCGCAGCUGCACCACGCAGGCAAGACUGAGGAGGAUCCUGUGAAGGAUAAGACAAGUGACGCGAGGCAGUAUCUGACGGUGGGGCUGGGGGCGCUGACAGGGAGGAGUCCAGGGAGGUUUGGAGGGGUGAUACAGCAGGGGGUGAGCGCUGGUAACUGGGAGGCGCUGGCGCGGUUUUGUGCUGGUUACGGCGUAACGCUUGCGUGAGUUGAGGAGGGGGGCAACAUGGUUCAGAAAUGCAGUGUAGCGAGUCGUCAAAUGCAGGUGAUUUUGAAGGUACUGCAUACGUACAGAUGGGACAUGUGCAGAGCUGAUUGCAGUCCAUACCACACCUGCUCUAAGGGUUGGGUUGCUUGCCCUUCCCCAGACACCCUGUGGAGUUUUGUCUGGUUAGCAUGUGUAGUGGUCAGGUCAAUCAUGUGGGUGGAUGGAUCGAGGAAGGUUCAACCUGUGCAAUUCACCCAGAGACCAAGGCAUGCCUUGCGACCACUAGACACCUCAAAGCUAACUACCGUAUUCUCCCAGAUACAAUACCUGCCGGAAUUAAAACCCGCGGCCCAAAUUGCGAGGCACGGCCUGCAUUUGAACGCCGCGUUUUCGUGGGUGUAGAUGGGGGUAACGUCACUCGCGGCACUCGAGGGUGGCUUUCAAGUUCAAUGCGGAAGGUAUUUUGGGACACCCAAGUGCCUCGCGUUUUUUUGCCGUCCAUUAUUUGUCGAUUUCCAUCUGACGGCACGCAAGUCAAUGUUAGAAUAACGCAAUGAUUAGAAGGAAGAGGAAAAUGUUGGGCUGAGAAAUGCCCUUAGGAUCUUUCCAGAGACUAAGU